AUGACCAAUAAAUCAAACGUUUUUGAAAGUAACUUUAUUGAAACUGUAAAUAUCGAACAGGAACACACAUUUACUUCAAAUGAAAUUCAAUUUAGCAUAUCCAUUCUUUCAUAUUUUAACUAUGACAAAGAACUUCAAUUAAUUCAAAGUGAUUUCUUUUCCAAUCAA